CAUGGGUUGAAGUUCGAGACUCAACAUGAAGAAUUAGGGUUUCACAACUUCUGUAAAAUUAUGGAAGACUAUUGGAGUACGUACAUCCCAAAAUUUCCGCAUCUGCAGAUCGUAUGCCGAACCAGAGCGAACUCACAGAUUGCAUUGCUUCAGAUGAAGAUUUUUAUUAAGGCAAAAUUAAGUCAAAUCUGCGAUGUUUACAUUUCUAGGGUGAUAUGUAUUUCUAUUAGAAUUUUAUGUUUUUCAGAAAUGACUUGUAAGUGCCGUUUGGCGAAAUAUUAAUGAAAUCUCUUUUCUUUCAAAAAAAAAAAAAAAAAGGUGACGCAUCCUCAAAUCCCUCACUCGUACAUUCAUUUUACGCGCGCGCGCUCUCUCUCUCUCUCUCUCUCUCAUAAUCUCUCCCUCUGCUGCGCUGUGCUGCGCUUCUUCAGUCGCUAUCUUGCUCUCAAUCGGACUCAACAAUGGAGGAGGAGGUCGACGAAACUGAAUAUCAAUCGCAGGUCUAUAUGGCAUGUGUGAUGCAUGGUCAAAGAGUCGGAAUCUCCUAUUAUGAUUCUAGUAUUCGACAACUCAGUGUGCUUGAAGUUUGGGAAGAUGGUGCAGAAUUUCCAUUAAUUGAUCUGGUGAAACAUCAGGCACAACCUUUGAUCAUAUACACCAGCACAAAAAGUGAAGAACAGUUCUUAUUGGCUUUACAGAGAAGUGAUGGAAUAAACUUCUCUCCCACAGUGAAGCUUAUGAAAAGUUCAAUAUUUAGCUUUGAACAAGCUUGGCACAGAUUGGUAUAUCUCAGAGUUUCUGGAAUGGAUGACGGUUUGAGUGUCAAAGAGAGGAUUACCUUUCUUAGUUCUAUGAUGGAUAUUGCAAGUGAGGUUCAAGUUCGGGCCACUGGGGGGCUUCUUGCAAUAUUGGAGAAUGAAAGACUUGUAGAUACCCUUGAAACAAAGGAGUAUGGUGAUGCAUCAAUAUCUGUUGAUUGUCUGACCGAGGUUUCACUAAAUAAAUUCCUUAAGCUUGAUGCAGCAGCUCAUGAAGCAUUACAAAUUUUCCAAAUAGACAAACAUCCAAGCCAUAUGGGAAUUGGUCGAGCAAAAGAAGGGUUCUCUGUCUUUGGUAUGAUGAAUAAGUGUGUUACACCAAUGGGUCGACGUCUCCUGAGAAAAUGGUUCCUCCGACCAAUACUUGACCUGGACAUUUUAAACAGUCGGCUUGAUGCUAUAUCAUUUUUCUUAUAUUCGGAAGAGCUUAUGGCAUCAUUACGAGGAACACUCAAAACCAUAAAAGAUGUACCCUACAUACUCAAGAAAUUCAACUCCCCAAGCUCAGUGUGCACCGCCAGUGAUUGGGCAGCUUUUCUGAAGAGUCUUUCUUCCUUCCUGCACCUGAACAAGAUAUUCGAAGUUGGCGUUCCUGAAAGUCUAAGGGAGCAUGUCAACCAUUUUUAUCUGGAUAUUAUUGACAAGGCGGCUUCAUGCAUUACAACAGAGCUCUCUUAUAUCUCUGAACUGGUUACUGGCAUUAUCGAUGUAACUAGAGAAAAAGAGAAAGGCUAUGGGACAAUUGUGAAAGAGGGUUUCUGUGAAGAGUUGGAUGAACUGAGACAAAUAUAUGAGGAGCUGCCUGAAUUCUGGAAGAGGUAGCUGUUAAAAGUGUCAUCAUUGGAGCUUGCAAGACUUCCUAAUUUGCAUCGUGAUGAGUGCGUCCCUUGUAUUAUUUACAUACAUCAAAUAGGAUACUUGCUGUGCAUAUCUGAAGAAAAGCUUGACGAGCGCACCCUACAGACGCUUGAAGAUAUUGAAUAUGCUUUUUCUGAUGGUGAAAAAGAGCCCAAAAGGUUUUUCUAUCGCACUUCAAAGACACGGGAGUUGGACAACGUUCUUGGGGACAUAUAUCACAAAAUAUUGGACAUGGAGAGGGUGAUUACAAGGGACCUGAUAUCACAUGUUCUCUUAUUCUCAACACAUUUGCUUAAAGCUGUGAACUUUGUAGCAGAACUUGACUGCUUUUUGUCCUUGGCGUUAGUUGCUAAUCAGAACAACUAUGUUAGACCCAACUUGACGACUGAUGCCAUACUCGAGAUACAAAAUGGAAGACAUGUUUUGCAGGAAAUGACAGUGGACACAUUUAUUCCAAAUGACACCAAAAUACUUGAUGAAGGAAAAAUCAGUAUCAUAACCGGCCCUAACUAUUCUGGGAAAAGUAUCUAUAUAAAACAGGUUGCCUUAAUUGUUUUUCUCUCUCACAUUGGGAGUUUUGUCCCUGCGGAUGCUGCUGUGGUAGGCUUAACUGAUAGGAUAUUUUGUGCCAUGGGUAGCAAGCUCAUGGCUGCUGAACAGUCUACAUUUAUGAUUGAUCUACAACAAGUUGGUAUAAUGUUGAGGCAAGCUACAUCACAAUCUUUAUGCCUCUUGGAUGAAUUCGGUAAAGGCACACUUACAGAAGAUGGCAUUGGUCUUCUUGGUGGAACUGUGAACUACUUUGCUAAUAGUGGUGAUACACCAAAGGUUUUUGUUUGCACUCAUUUGACUGAAAUAUUCCAUGAGAACUUGCUGCCAAAGUCUGAGGAAAUCAAGUUUUACACCAUGAGUGUGUUGAGACCUGAACAAAGCAGCAUGCUCAUGGAAGACAUUGUGUUUUUGUAUAGAUUGGUUCCAGGUCAGGCACACUUGAGUUAUGGGCUACAUUGUGCAAUCCUUGCUGGUAUCUCCAAUGAUGUUGUAAAAAGAGCAGCUGAGGUACUGGAUGCAACUGGGAAGGGUAACCAUGUCGAGCGACUGUCUGAUGAGAAUAUAGUGUCUCAAGAUCAGCAAUAUCAGGAAGCACUUGAGAAACUACUGGCAUUUGAUACUAAGAUUGGCAAUCUCAACCUGUUUUUUGAUGAUAUAUUCCCUGCUUCUUAAGCCAGAUGUCGCGUUUACUGUUAACAUUUUCAAGCGGCUCUCCUGCAACAGGACUUAGACUUGCUCCACUUGUGAAAAUUUGUUAUGGUUAGUCUUAGUAUAUUGUAAGGGAAACAACAUGCUUAACGAAACUCCAGAGGCACUUUCCAAUGAGGUGCAGCCGUGCAGGUGACCAACUUAUACAGUAUAAGUAUAUUCUUGGUAACAGUACUCGCAACCAUUUUUAUAAUAUUAUUAUUGUCUCCAUUGCUCCAGUAAGCAUUCAUUGCCAGUAUCAUGUUUCAUUUGAGAAGAAAUUUGAUUUUUUUUUUGUGUGUGUUUCUGCGCAUCGAUGGCAUUGGAAGCCAGGGCCGAUCACCAUUCUAUGAUUGAAACAGUUACUUUGUGGAAAUUUAUAAUUGCAUAAAUCAAACGGAUCUCUAACUGUAGUUUGGUCCUCAUACAGUCAUACCUGACUUUGUAGAAUCAGGUUGACAAUAUAUGCUGCCUACUUGAUCUUGGAAAAGAAAUAAAGUUUGUUUCAUUGUUCUGCUAAUUUGUUGCUAGGCUAUAGGCACUGUUGAACCAAUAUUGCAGGGUUUUCAUGUUUUGAUUCACCUGUCGUCCUCUUGAGAAAUAUGUAUUAUGAUUUGUACUGGAAAUCCUAUUUGUAAUCAACAGAAACUAGCUGCUUAACAUUCGCUGGGGUGGUAAAGAGCCAAACAAAUGAAAUCCUCUGUGGGCCACUGUCUUGAGAUAGUCUCUACUGUCAUGUGACUAACUGCUUGUCUCGGGUGGUAAAGAGCCAAACAAAUGAAAUCCUCUGUGGGACAAAGUGAUGAAAUGCGGAUGCAUAUUGCAUCAAAGUGAUGAAAUGCGGAUGCAUAUUGCAUCAGAUUUCAAAAUCUUAUGAUGCUUAAUUGACAAGUAAACGACGAUCCAAACGAACAUUUAACAAACAUAAUUGGCUCAAAGUUAAUCAGCACAUGAAAUAUACCAUUAAUACUUGGCACUUUGACUAACAAGCUUAGCUGCCUUAUUUUGAGGUCAUUUUUUAUCCUCUUGAUAUAACCCUUUUUAUUUCAGGGAGUUUUAAGCGAAAAGGUCCUGGAAAAAACGAGCAACAUCCUUACAAACUGUAUCAACAGAGUUUCCUAAGUUGAAUUUCACGAACAACAGGAUCCCCUAUUGUGUGAAUCACAAAAUAUUCAACUUCAUGAGCAAUAGUUUCAGCCCCUGUUACAACAGCAAAAAUAACAGCUCCGGUCGCUUUUUCAACUCCACGAACAACAGUUCCGCCUGCCUUUGUAA